AUAGGAGAUGUCUUAAAAGAUCCUAAUGAUAUAAAAAGACAUCGAUUGAAAGAUGAGUUUGAUAUAUUGAUGAAUUACAGUGUGGAGAUUCCAUGUUCAACAGAUUGUAUUUUCAGUGAUCAUGAAAUAAUAAUGUGUAGAUCUUUUUUAAAAGAAGAACAGAAAAUUUAUAUUGAAGAUGAUGAUAAAAUUAAUUUGGGGGAUGCAUUUGAAAGAUAUAAUUCUGGUUAUCCAGUUAUGAUUUCAGGUGGAACUAUUGAAGUAUCAUAUCAUCCAGAUAUGACAGAUGUUAACAAUAUUACAACAUUUUCUCAAAUGGUUGUAACUCAAAUUAUGGAUAACAUAGAUAAAAUACCAAAACCUGUUAUUAAGGGAGACAAUGAAGAUGAAGAUCUUUAA